CGCUUUACGGUGUUUGUCCAGUUUUUGCAGCUCUGCAUUCAUUCAUGGUUUUGUUAAUCAGUGCUCAGCGCUGCGUCUUUGGUCCCUGCGUCCAUGGCAAAGUUAAUGAGUCUGCUGUGGGGGGCUGGAUCACCUCCCUGCUGGCGUGUUAUGAUCACUCUGGAGGAGAAGAAGCUGCAGGGUUACAAACGCAAACUGCUGUCCUUUGAGAAAGGAGAGCACAAAUCUCAGGAAGUCUUGGUAGUCAACCCAAGAGGACAGCUUCCCGCGUUCAAGCACGGAGACAUCAUCCUGAAUGAGUCCUGUGCAACAUGCUUAUACCUCGAGAAUCAGUUUAAGUCUCAGGGCAUCAAGCUGAUUCCUGACAGUGCUGAUGACCAAGCCACGAUGUACCAACACAUGAUGGAGGGCCUUGCCCUCACUGAUAAACUCAAUUCAGUUAUCUACUACGACUGCUCCGUCCCUGAAGAGGAGAGGCACGACUCUGCUGUAAAGAGAAACAAAGAGGCUCUGACUGCUGAACUCAAACUGUGGGAGGGUUACCUGGAGAAUGUGGCUGCUGGCUCAUACCUAGCAGGGGCCUUCUCCCUAGCCGAUGUGAUCGUCUUUCCAAGCAUCGCUUGUGCAUUUCGUUUCGGGCUGUCUGUGGGGCGUUAUCCUAAAUUGGCCAAAUAUUACAGCCUGCUGAAGAACAGAGCCAGCAUUAAAACCACAUGGCCCCCACACUGGGUGGCCAGUCCACAGGGUUAUGACAUCCUGAAGGACCUCUGAAACACAAAGAAUCCUCCCUUUGUCAUUUUAGAGAAUUCCUGUAAGUCUGUGAAAUAAAAACAUUUAAACAGCUUGCUUACUGUACUCU